AUGUAUGCAACUCGAAACCAUUACGUGCCUUCUGUAACCGUGCACGCGUUAAUUCCUGACGUAUUGAUCAUCAGCGGAUCAGGACCUCACGCGUUGAGUAGAAGAGAGACGGAGAUUUAUGUCGAUGUCAGCUGUGGCAAGUCCGUCAUGCGGGGUGCUGAUUUAUAUGCCAGCGGAAUCAUGGGAUCAAAUAGAGAUUUUAGGGUCGACGAAGUAGUUUCAGUUCUUAUGGAUAUCGACGCACGGUGCAGACGAGGAGUGAAGCGCCCUUACGAGGGCAGGUGCGUGUUCCUGGGCAACGGUGUGACUCAUCAGUCGCGAAGAGACAUCUUUAAAAUUUCUCCGCCGGAAAAACCGAAAGGCCUUGGCGUUUUCAUGGUAGAAAAGGUGUGGAACAACCCGAAACUGUACGGAUUAAUCGAAGACUGGGGCUUUCCUCAGAAUUUGCCUUCGGUUGUUUGCGGACACGUCCUCGAUCCUCAGCCCGGCGAAACUGUCUUGGAUAUGUGCGCUGCCCCCGGUGGCAAAAGUACCCACUUAGCGAUUUUAAUGAAAGACCAGGGAAGAGUUGUUUGCAUUGACGACAGGAAGAUUCGCCUUCGCGAAGUUUUACAGAACGCGUCUGCUCUUUCUCUGCGAUCGAUUGAAGCCUAUAAAAUGGAUGCCGUAAAUCUUGUGAACGAGCCAGAGAAGCGGCGUAAAGCUGUACCCACAAAUAGUCCACCAUUUUUGCCGGAAACGUUCGAUCGAAUUUUGCUUGAUGUUCCGUGCAGCGGACUUGGUCAGCGUCCUUUACUUUUCGAGCAGAAUCCGAACCAGAUUCGAUCACUUCCAGUCAUUCAGAGAAAGCUGCUGAAGUCGGCCUAUCGACUGUUGAAAAAAGAAGGAACAUUGGUUUACAGCACCUGUACUUUACGCGAAGAAGAAAACGAGCACAUGGUUUCGUGGGCUCUAGAAAAUUUUGCCGACUUGAAGCUAAGCCGACAAGUAAGCAAAAGCAGACCACUUUUUCGUGAGUAAGU